GACACACUGGUUGAUCCUUAACGUUUCUCUUAUUUGAAACAGUCAAGAAAAAAUAUUUGCCACACAUGCCCAAUAAAAGCGUAUAUUGCAAUUUGUAGGUUUUAUAGCGAACGGCAUUCAAGAAUUGAAUAUUAUUUUGAAUUUCUUCAAUUGAUACAGUGUGUAUAUGUGUGCUAUGUCGGAGAUUAAAGAUGAUCCACGAGAAGUUCUCGUUCUUUUGAAUUCAUUAGGAUUCGUUGGCAUUACCGCCGUUCAAUUAAAAGCUUUUAUGAAAGAUUUGAAGAUCUAUAGAAAGAUAAAAGAACGCGAAAGACAACAACGAAAAGAAGAGAUUAAAACAAAAAUAAUUAGCAAGCAACAGGCUCUGAUUAAAGAAGCUCAUGGACAUCAGAACACAGAUUAUUCCGUAAUUAAUAUUGUUCCUUCUGAAUCCUCAAAUUCCUUUGAUGAUGAAUCAUUGAUAAAAGUCAAAAUAAAAUGUAUUCCUAAGGAAGAUAUCCAAAAAUAUAUUAAAGCAAAUGUGAUAAAAUCAGAUGAAAAAUUAUCAACAAUAAAAUAUCAUAAAGAAGAUGCUCAAGUAGUCGAAUCUGACAAGCCUUGCUGUAAACAAAACUAUUUUAAUACUAAACCUUCGAUUAUUAAAUGUUCGAAAAGUGAGAGUAGACAAAAUGCUUCUAAAUCUUCAGCAAAAGAUAGUUAUUUGAUGGAAGAAUGCAAGCUUAAUUUAAGACUAGAGAAUCAAGUAAAACCAGUAUUUGAUCAAUCGAUAUGCAAACCUAGAUCAGAUUAUGUAAGUGAAUCAGAAUCAAAAAGUAUAGCAUCAGACCCAACUGCAAAUGUGCGUACACAAAGUACCUUAUCUACAAGAUCAUCCAUUAAUUCCAGACAUAAAUCAUUUAUUCGGCCAUGGAGUUUACAACCACAGGCACAAAAAGUUAUUAACAAAAAAUGUGAUCCUGUUGCUCUUUAUCAAAAGUAUCAACAAGAAUGGAAACAGAUAUCUUUUCCUGGAGUAGCAAAACAUUCAAAAGUAAGAUGGGCUGUACGAGAGAAAAUGCUUGGUACGGAUCCACAUCCUGUGCCGCUUUUAAAAAAAUCCACAAGUAUAUCGAUUUUAAAAAAGAAGUGAUGAUAAAUAUUUUAGAAAAGUAAUACGACAGAAUGAUAGAAAAUUGAUACACUGAAUAAUAUGACAAUAAUUAGAUUAUAUUAUUAGAUUUUAUAUAAUUUUUUUAAAACUGUUACCAAUAUAUAAGAAUUGUAAGUAAAGAUAUUUAAAUGUAAGCACACACAAACAAUUGUAUAUAUAUAUAUAUGAAAACAAUAAUACAAAAGUAUCUAAAAACACCUUUUUAUUUUUGACUGACUUCAAUCAACCUGGUUGUUUUUUCUGUAGUACUAAAGUGUUGUCUUUUAGCAUGUUAUACAUGUUUAUUUUAAAUGUAUGUAUGU